UUUGAAACUCUGUCAAUACAGCAUGACUCUCCAAGUUCGGGUCAAAUGCAGAAACUUCUGCUCUGUUCUUGUGUGUGUGUGUGUUCCUGUCUGCUUCCCUGUUGACACUUUGGAGCACCAGCAUUUCACAGCCUAAAUUCCAGAGAGCCUGUGUGAGAUCAUCAGUUGACAUUUAGAAGCCCAGACAGUUCAGCAAUCUUUGACUGUACACGUUCCUGGAUUUAAAGAAAUGGAACUGAGCAUGAUGGCUUUUUCCCUCAGCCUCUGCGUGAUGGCCCUCGGCUCUGCAACAGCUACCAGUUGCGACGGAGUUCAGGAGCUCAAUAUGACGGGCCCAUACGGGGGCGAGGUGAUCCUGCCUUGUUACUUGACAGAGGCCUACAGAGCAUACUGGCAGACCGAGGCAGAAGAUCGACCAGCGCUGGUGAACGCUUUUUGCCAUGAGGAAGUGUCGGGCUGUGACAGCAUCAGCGCCCAGUACAUCAACCGCUCGUGCUUCGUCCACGCAGAGAAGUCGGGGAAUUUCUCCCUUCGUCUCUGGGACCUCAGGCCCCGCGACGAGAUGACCUAUCAGUGCGUGCUGCAGUCACAGCAACGGUCCAAUGUCAAGUGUUACAGACUCCGACUGAGCAUCGAAGCCCAGGGGAGUCAGCCAAACAUGCAUGUCGCAAAGCAAAGACAGGGACAAGAGACAGUCCUGACCUGCUCAGUCACUGGGAUCUACCCCAAGCCAGAGGUGAAGUGGCUCAAUGAGACAGACAACAGUGAGCUACCGCUGAGCCUGGUGCACACGAAAGCAGAGAACAGGACAGACGAACGGUACAAUGUGAAAAGCACUCUGAGACUAGAGCCGCACAGCAUGGAUAAUAUCACCUGUCAAAUAAUCAACAACAGGAGCAAAGAGGUCAUUUGGCAUGUCAGACACAUGGCUGCUACAGGAAGUUCACGCCAAGCUUCAAAUGCAGCUGCCUCAACCGCUGAGACGUGUCUUCUCAUGUUCAAAAUCCUGCUCUUCACUCAACAUUUACUUUCACUGGCCCUCCGAUAGUGCCCACUCCCUCAGCACUGACCCUCCGACAGUGCCCACUCCCUCAGCACUGACCCUCUGACAGUGCCCACUCCCUCAGCACUGACCCUCCGACAGUGCGCACUCCCUCAGCACUGACCCUCCGACAGUGCCCACUCCCUCAGCACUGACCCUCCGACAGUGCCCACUCCCUCAGCACUGACCCACCUACAGCACGGCGCUCCCUCAGUACUGACCCUCCGACAGUGCCCGCUCCCUCAGCACUGUCCCUCUGACAGUGCGGUGCUACCUCAGCACUGACCCUCCAAUAGUGCGGCGCUCCCUCAGCACUGACCCUCCGACAGUGCCCGCUCCCUCAGCACUGACCCUCUGACAGUGCCCACUCCCUCAGCACUGACCCUCCGACAGUGCGGCACUCCCUCAGCACUCAUGCUCUGACAGUGCAGCGCGCCCUCGGCGCUGACCCUCCGACAGUGCGGUGCUCCCUCAGCACUGACCCUCUGACAGUGCCCACUCCCUCAGCACCGACCCUCCGACAGUGCCCGCUCCCUCAGCACUGACCCUCCGACAGUGCCCACUCCCUCAGCACUGACCCUCUGACAGUGCCCACUCCCUCAGCACUGACCCUCCGACAGUGCCCGCUCCGUCAGCACUGACCCUCCGACAGUGCCCACUCGCUCAGCACUGACCCUCUGACAGUGCGGCACUCCCUCAGCACUGAGCCUCCGACAGUGCGGCACUCCCUCAGCACUGACCCUCCAACAGUGCCCGCUCCCUCAGCACUGACCCUCCGACAGUGCA